AAAUCAGUUUACUUCUAAACGUUCGAAAAUGAACAAACUUUUAGUGACUUUGUCAGUUCUGCUGAUAUUCUUUAAAAAUUCUGAACAAGCGUCAAGCUUCAGUGAAAGUUCAACUGAAAGUGACGAAAAUGGAAUCAAUAAUUUUGAAGAUUCUCGAUUGUACAAUCUGCGAUAUUUCAUGAAUUUGAAAAAGUUGAAUUUAAGAAGCAAUAAUUUGAUUGAAGCAAGUCCAUGCAUACUUAAUGUUCAAAAAGUUCACAUGUUAAAUGAACAAAAAGGACAAGAAAAGUGGCCAUUGGUUCUGGAACCAACUGAUCAACCAAAAUUCAUCACUGUUGACAAGAACGGAGACAUUUUUGUCAAAUCUGGAGAGAAAUUGAGGCUUGUUUGUAGUGGAAGUCGAAAUAGAUUUGUGAAUGUUCGUGCUCAAGUGCCGGAUAUAACUGUCACAUGUCAGAGAGGAAAGUUCUUUGACUAUAUGGGAACGACUGUUAAUUUUGAGAAUUUCGGAUGCGCUACAAUUCCUGACAGCGAAGACAUGAUCGUCGAAGAUGGACACCAUCAAAUUGGUUUCCGCAUGCCAAAUGGACAGUUCUUGCCAUUAAUUGACAUUCAUUAUGACAAUCGUGUUGAAGUAAUUCAUGUGGCUCACAAAUUGCCUUACAUCGAUUCUAGAAGUCACCAAAAAGUCAGUAGAAUUGCAUUUAAGGAUGGAAAGCAUCCACUUGGACCUGGAGUCAGUAGAUUCUAUCAAAGAAGUGACAUUUAUAAUAAAAUGGUAAAGCUGCUUGGACAAGAAAAUGCAAGAAAAUAUUUCAAUGAAGGAUCUUUCAUCACUAAAGGACACAUGGCACCAAAAGCUGAUUUUAUAUUUGCUGCACAACAACUUGCAACUUUCUUCUACAUGAACAUCAAUCCACAAUUUUCAGGAUCUAAUAACAUUAAUUGGAACUUCCUUGAAAUGAGCAUUCGUGGUCAUGAUUUUGGUGGGGAUGUUACUAUCCAUACUGGAGGUUCCAGACUUCUCGAGUUGCCGAGUAAAAUAUCAAGCAAAAAUGAAACCAUUUAUUUAGCAUCAGAUGAUAAACUUCCAAUUCCUGAGAUUAUUUGGAAGAUUAUUGAAGUUGGAACAGAUAAACAUUUCUCAUUCAUUGGCUUUAACUAUCCAUCGAUUCGGACUAAAGAAUUUGACCAGCAAUUGAAUAUUUGUAAUGAUUUAUGCGACACUAAUGAAUACUCAUGGCUUAAUGAGGAUUUGAGAGAUGAAGAAAUUCGCAGAGAUCCUACAAAAGGUUUAUUACUGUGUUGUAGUUUUGAAGAAGUUGAAAAAAUCAUAAAUAAAGGCAGAAUUUAAUAUUUUAUGACUUUUAAAUUAAACUAA